AUGUCUGUCUACCAGCAAUGGACAGUCAUAUGGAACUGCUCCAUCUUCCUGAUAAAGAGAAAUAAGCAGACAUACAGCACGGAACCCAAUACUCUGAAGGCACACAACUCCUUCUGCUACAAUGGGCUCAUUCACCACAAGAUGGUGGGUAUGGAGCCAGAGGCUGAUGGCAAAGGUGUGGUCAUCAUGAAGCAGAAAGAGGGCCAAUAAAAGCUGGCCACCCCCUACAUGCAAACCACCAUCAACAAGAAUGCCCAGGACACCCUGAGCACUAUCCAGCACAUGUUGCACAAGAACAAGUACUGUUUGAAUCUGUGUGUGGUCACCAUAUGCAGGGCCAGCACCAUCCUGAGCAGCCAGAAGCCCAUGAAGGUCAGGAGGGAGCAGGUCUACCCCACCAAGAGCUCCUGA